AUGUGGCUCGCAAAACUAGCCCGGUCGAGACCGCAUUUUGUCCCAGGCAGAUUGAGAGUGACAGAAUGGUUCUGGGAUGUCCCAUUGGAUUACAAUCGGCCAGAUGAAGCCACCAUUCGGCUCUUUGGGCGGACCGUAGCUCGUAGAGAACCAGGGGCUGAUCUAGCCCGAGCGCCAAAGGUCUUGCCUUGGUUUGUUUAUCUUCAAGGUGGGCCGGGAAUGGGUUGCUCUCCGCCCCAGGAUCUUGGCUGGGUGCAGAUUGUGCUGGAUAAGGGAUAUCAGAUCCUAUUGCUCGACCAGCGAGGGACGGGUUUGAGUACUCCAAUUACUGCUGCCACCCUUGAUCUCGUGGGAGAUGCCAUCCAGCAAGCCGAGUACCUUAAACUAUUCCGUGCUGAUAACAUCGUACGGGAUUGCGAGGCUAUCCGUGGUUAUUUGACUGCGGAUUACCCACCGGAGAAGAAGAAAUGGACCCUCCUCGGGCAGAGUUUUGGUGGUUUCUGCGCAAUCACGUAUCUUUCGAAAUUCCCUGAAGCCUUGCGAGAGGUUUUCACCACUGGGGGGCUUCCUCCCCUCAGAAGAGGUCCUGAGUCUGUACUCAAACGAACAUACGAAAAGGUUCUGGAACGGAAUGUGGCAUAUUACUCUAAGUUUCCCGAGGAUGUCAGCAGGGUUCAUGAUAUUUUGCGGUAUCUGAAUGAAAACCCAAUACAGCUCUCGAAUGGCAUACUAACUGCCUCACGAUUUCUCUCGCUGGGGAUAUCGUUUGGUAUGCGAGGGGGCCUGGAUUCCAUCCACGACAUCAUCUUGCGGACUCACAGUGAGUUGGAAACUUUCCACUUUCUUACGACCCCAACAAUUUCAAUACUCGACAAUGCUUCAAACUUCGACAAUGCUAUCCUCUACUCAGUCCUUCAUGAAGUUAUAUAUUGCCAAGGGGAGGCAUCCAAUUGGUGCGCGGACAAAUUGAUAUCAAAAUAUCCUCAAUUCCAAAUCAAAUUUGAUGGAGACCCAGUAUAUUUUACGGGAGAAAUGAUAUACCCACACAUAUUUGAAUCAUCUAGCGAGCUUAGCAAGAUCAAACCAGCUUCAGACAUAAUCGCAGCCUAUGAUGGAUGGCCAGAUUUGUAUGAUGAAGAGCAACUGGCAAAGAAUGAGGUUCCAGUAUAUUCAGCAACGUUCGUAGAUGAUAUGUAUGUACAUUUCGAAUUGGCAACAGAAACCGCAACGAAGAUCAGGAACUGCAAGCAAUUCGUCACGAAUGUCAUGUAUCACAACGCCAUUCGUGCGAAUGCGGACGAGUUGAUAAAGCAGCUUUUUGCGCUGAGGGAUGAUACCAUCAACUAG